GACGCCAUUUUCGUUGAGAUCAGUGAGAGAGAGAGUGAGUAAAUUAAAAUAAAACUUGGUGCCUACAGAACGCUUUAUGAUGAGUGGAUAACCCAGAUACCAGGACUAUGACACCACUGAAUACGUAAACUGACGGAGAAUGUCAAUAUUGAGGCGGUUGCUGGAGGCGUUGUUGUAAUAUCAGGAGUAUUGUGAUGAGAUGUUGGUGUUUGAGUGAGUGAUGUAACUAGUAAGGAAACAUAAUCAUCUCGGGAGCUUCGGCCGCCUCACCCCAAAAAUGGCCACUCUUUCUCGGCCAGGGAGCCUCCGUAAUCCAGAGGUGGCCGAUUUAUUUGACAGAGAUGAUCCUGAUAGGCUAUUCGAUGAUCUCCGGGAAAUUGGCCAUGGAAGUUUCGGAGCUGUUUACUAUGCACGGCAUGUGGCAUCAAAAGAGGUGGUGGCAAUUAAGAAAAUGUCCUACAGUGGGAAGCAAAGUGCAGAAAAAUGGCAGGAUAUCUUGAAAGAGAUCAAGUUCUUACGUAGCCUUCGCCAUCCAAAUACUGUCACCUAUAAAGGCUGUUACUUAAAAGAAUCAACAGUUUGGCUGGUAAUGGAAUAUUGUCUUGGAUCAGCUUCGGAUAUCAUUGAGGUUCACAGGCAGCCCCUGAGGGAAGAUGAAAUUAGUGCCAUAUGUGAAGGAUGUCUCCAGGGUCUCUCUUAUCUCCACUCUUUAGGCAAAAUUCAUCGGGAUAUAAAAGCCGGCAAUAUUCUGCUCACAGAAAAUGGCACUGUCAAAUUAGCUGAUUUUGGAAGUGCCAGUAUUAACUCUCCAGCUAAUAGCUUUGUUGGUACGCCGUACUGGAUGGCCCCAGAAGUUAUUUUAGCUAUGGAUGAGGGACAGUAUGAUGGAAAGGUUGAUGUAUGGUCUUUAGGCAUCACGUGCAUAGAAUUAGCCGAGCGCAAACCUCCCUACUUUAAUAUGAACGCAAUGAGUGCCUUGUACCAUAUUGCGCAAAAUGAUGCACCAAAAGGUGUCCGCCCCCCAGAUUGGUCAAAGGACUUUCAGCAUUUUGUAGAAUCUUGUCUCCAAAAAGCUCCCCCAGAUAGACCUACCUCUGCUAGACUUCUCUCUCAUGAGUUCAUCUUGAGACACAGAUCAUCGCCUCACAUUAUACUGGAUUUAAUUGCUCGAACCAAAAAAGCAGUACGUGAGUUUGAUAACCUGAACUAUAUGAAAAAAAUUCUUCUCUAUGAGACAGAAAGUCAGCAGGGGGAUGUGGAAGACUCCACAGAGGAAGAUGCGGCUGGUGGAGACAGCAGUAAGAGCAACAGCAUCACGUCGGAACAGUCUGUGCAGUCAGCUGGGGUCAGUCACUCGUCACAGUCCCAGUCAUCCUCUACCAAUUCCCUACAUCACCAUCAUCUACUUCAUCAUCCCACUCAUCAAUAUCAGUCAUCACAGUGCAUUUUGCAGCCACAUUCACCUUACAGUUCCCCUCCAGCAGUGCCACCACAUCAUCAUCAUCCAUCCCAUCACCAUCAUUCUCAAGCGCCAUAUUCACCUCAACAGCAGCAUCAUCCGUUGCCAUAUCAUCCAUCCAGUACUCCAUCAAUAUCACCAUCUUUGUCAUCUUCAUCAUUACAUCAAACAGAUUUAGGUAUUCCAAAUAACAAUCACCAUCCAUUAACACCUCCAUCAGCACGCUCGCCUCCAUCAGUCAUUGACACUUCAACCAUGUCCACCAUCACUAGUACCAACGCGGCUUCCUCUGCUACCCCGACCCUUCUCCUCCAGCUUCCGGGGCAGAAUGCUCCCUCCUCCACCAUCACCAACAACGCCACCAACAACGCGUCUUCUACCGUCAAGUCGCGUCGUGGACGGCCGAGUGGUAAUGCUGGAGAAGCGGCAAAUAGUAAUUUUGCUACCAUCAAGACGACGUCCAUUGUGAGCAAGCAGCAAAAGGAACACCUGCAGGAAGAUAUGCACGCAGCCAUGUCUGGGUAUAAGCGCAUGCGACAAGAGCACCAAAGAGCUCAGGCUAAGCUUGAGGAGAAAUGUCGUGUAGAGAUGGACAACCAUAAGCAUAUGCUGGAUAAAGAGUAUGAAAAUCUUCUAACACAAUUCAGUAAAGAGCUUGAAAAGUUGAGACAGAAACACGAAAAAGAACAAGAAAAGAAGUUGGAUUUGUGUAACAUCACUGAAAAGAACUUGCAGAAGGAUAUCAAUAACCGUCAUGUUCAGGAACUUAAACAGUUCCAGUCCAUGUACAAGAAGCAGUACAAGGAAAAUAUUGAGAAGUGGAAGCGAGAGUUAUCACAAGAUCCCAAUACCCCUAAAAAGCAGAGAGAGGCACAGUUACAGAGCCAAAAGGAAUACUUGAAAGCAUCAGAGCGACAAGAAGAACAAAAACUAGUACAACAACAAGGGGAAUAUUUACAAUUAGAAACUAGGAAAUUUAGAAGGCGUGGUUUGUUAGCCUAUUAUGUUAAGGAACAGUCUUUACUUAAAGAAGAGCUCACAAAGAGAGAGCAGCAGCUUGAGGCGGCUCAUUCCAUGCUUUUAAGACACCACCAACUUACACAGGAUCUUGAAUAUCGCCAACAAAGAAAUAUUCAUGCCCUAAAGGAGGAGCAGAUGAACAAACAACACCAAACAGAGUUGAGUAGUCAGCAUGAAUACAUGAAGAGAGUUGAAAGAGACUUACGAAAAAAGCAUGCAUUACAACAGAAACAGCAGCCAAAAAGUUUAAAGCAAAAAGAAAUAGAAAUAAGGCGUCAGUUUAGGGAUACAAUCAAUAUUCAGCGUCAACAAUACAAAGAAUACAAGGCCCAGAUUUUAUCAAAGACUCCCAAAGAUGAACAGCGAGCCAUCAUUAAGAGGUUAAAGGAUGACCAGAGGCGAAAACUGGCUAUGCUGGCAGAUCAGUAUGAGCAAUCAAUCGCAGAGAUGCUACAGAGACAGUCACUUAGAUUAGACGAAAGUCAAGUUGUGGAGCAACAACAGAUGGCGGAGAAACUAGAGAGGGAAUUAGAAUUACUAACAGAAUACCAGAAUCGUAAUCGACAGCAUGCUGAAGCCCAAAGAAAUAGAGAAAGGAGAGAAUUAGAUGAAAGAGUAGCGUUACGAAGAACUCUAUUACAACAAAAGAUGUCGGAAGAAACUGCCAGAUUUCAGCAUGAAAGACAUGAGCGGAUACGUCUUAUCCAAGAAAAACAGGCUCGGGAAUUAGAAGAAUUUGAUAAUGAAUCAUUAAGACUAGGAUUUAGUGCUCUACAAGUAGUGGAAUCUUCAACAGAACGUUGGCCAGAAGAAUUUAACGUAUCGGCGUCUAUGCUAUCCCUAUCCCUCCAACCUAAUCAUUGAAAAUAUGUUCGAUUCCUAGCUAGGUGUAGGAACUAAACGUUUAAAACCUGUUCUCUCUAGGCUAUUGUUUUUUGAUAAUAUGAAAUAAAUUUGAUCUAUAUAUUAGUAAGUAGCCUUAUUUAUAUAUUACUAAUGUCAUCUUUAUUUAUUUUAUUUUUUUCUUUUUCUUUCCCAGAUAAUGGUUAGGAUUUUUAAAUUCUGGUCUUGUCUGGUCAGAAAAGUUUCCAUAAAUGCCAGGGCCCCAAGGUGCUCUCGUGGCCGCAUUGCCAUUGUGCUUUAAGAACCUCUUUCAGUUAUGAAGUGUGGACCGGGGUUGAUAGGGUGACCAAAAUGGAAGUCCCCUUUUGAUGUUGACUUUAGCCCUCUCCCUCCCUCCUUCCUCUGUAAGAGACUCUUGCAAGGUGAAUAAAUGCAGAAUUAAGCAUUCAGUAUAGAGUACUGUAUGACCUGACAUUCUUCAAACACUAGUUGACAAGCCUGACACUUCUAAUUUUCAUAAAUAUCAUACAUGAAGAUACUUAAGAAUGUAAGUUUUAGAGUGAAAUGAUGUAUAGACAUGCUAGACUGGUGACUGAAGGUGUAUGUGAAAUUGCCUUUUUUUCCACUAAUAAUGUCCACUUUGGUUGGUCUUGUCAAGGUCAUUUUUGGCACAACAGUUGAUGCUCAAUUUUGAUAUUCAUUCCUGCAGUUGCUGGUAUUCUUUUCUCUUGUAUGUCCAUCAAAAUGAUGUUAGUUAUGCAUUUUAGAGGGAAGAUUCCAUGAAAUCAGCCAAAUUAGUUAUGAGUUUGUGUGUCCAGUUUCAAGCCGAACCCCAGUAUUUCUUUCUUCUCUACUACUCUGGAAGCAAGGCAGAGGAGCAUUCCGAGAUAUCCAGCUCUACCAUGUGUUAUUUCAUGUGUUGUAAGCUUCAGGUUUUCCAGACAUCAUGUUUUUUCAGUACGUACACAGAAAAUACCUCGAUUUAACUGAAAAGCUAGCUUUUACAUACAUCGUAUUUAACACGUGGAUGAGACUUCCAGCUCUUUUGUAGGUUAUCUCAGUCAUAAAUAGAAUGGUUGAAAGUAGAGAAGCCCUCUUUGCUCAAUGUCAUGUCAUAUGAUCAGCAACUAAAGUUGAGUGGUAAUUGUCAGUCAGAGAAGAUUAUUUUAGGUGAGUAACAAUUGAUUGUACUUUUGUCAGUAAUUCUCUACUACAUCUAAGAGCCCCUGGUUUUGUUUCAUAUUGUUAUCCUCUGGCUUUUAGGUAUGCUGUGUAAUAUGGCAUCUUUUUGUGGCUGGGUCAGCCAGUAUGAGGCUUACUAUUUCUCAUUAUAGUCUCAAAUAAGUAGGCAGAAAGAAAGAAAUUGAAAAGUUAAGAAAUUAGGGUUAUUUAUAUUUGAUGGUGAGCUGUAACAUAUUGCAAAGGCGAUGAAGGCUGUUAGUUUAACUUUGUAUGGAAGUUUGCUGAUCGUAACAGUUUUCUGUAUGUUUAAACCCUAGUCAGAUAAGGGCAGAGUAGCCUUUAUCAACAAGAAACUGCAGAGAACAAAUGAUUUAAAAUAUCCAUGGGAGUUGAACACUCUCUCUCUCUCUCUCUCUCUCUCUCUCUCUCUCUCUCUCUCUCUCUCUCUCUCUC